AUUAGUUAGUUGCUCCGAGUCAACACUCAGGAGGCCCUAGCUUACGAUUUCUACCAGUACUGUUUUCAAAGUUAUCGCACGGGCUUCAGGCUGCAGAUUUCGAUCGGAAGAUUCCAGACUCACCUUCUAUAGGCACAAAGUCACGAGUACAUCUGUGCGGUAUCCACUGUCAACUUGGAUGGGUUGAUAUCCUCUCUUCUUUACACACAAACUUCAUCUUUCUCGCCUCCACGACGCUCUAUCAAGAAAUUGUUGUUAUUCGGUUGACCAACGCAGAGUCGGUUUUGGAGCACACCUAGCUGCUACACAGCGGCGACCUGAUACUACUGAAUAGAAUUAAUGCCUCAAGUUCAACAUUACGGAGCUAGUAUCGUAAAUAUCAUGUCACUCUUUGUCACUCUCCUCUGUGCUUCUCAAGUCUAUGCAUCCUGCACGUACUCGGCGGAUUCGAAUGACUGUACUCCAUUCCCCACGUCGACUAUCGUCGGUCUUGCUAUUGGCGGAAUUAUUCUCUUGGCCAUUGUUAUUUUCGGCAGGAUUCUUCGCCGGCGAAGACUCCAACGUGUUGCACAGACAACCUUCCUGUAUGGAACAUCCAGUAACAGCUAUGGCAGGCCACAAUCAAAUGUAUAUCAUCCACACCCCACUCAAAGACCUAUCCCCGGUCAAAUGAAUUCGUUGAACCGACAUGGAAUGCCUGUAGCACCCUCAUUUCCACAACUAUCCAAGCCAUCUCCAACGGCACACUCUACACGCAUGCGAUCUCCAACCAUGCCUUCUCCAACCCACUACUCAUAUUAUUCAAACCAGACCCCACACAUUUCACCUCCCUCUUCCCCAAAUUCAGCCCGCUUACCACCCCCUGGGUUUCCCCCCUCUCCUUCCCCCCCUUCGACACAUUCACGAGUCUCUGCUGAUCCAUCUACGGUUCAAGCACCGUCCAUUAGGGUCACUUCAGCACACACUUCUCCCGUCAGGCACUCAUCACCUCCAGAGAAUGUGGAGAUGCGUACGCUGACCGUGCAGACGGAAGUUGCGAAUGAUGAACCUCCACCAGCUUAUACCCCGAUUUAACAGUAUGCAUCAUCUUAGGAUUUCGUACGAGAUACCCGAUUUUAUUCAGGAGCUUAUCACAACUUCAUGAAAAGGGUGCGAUUGUCCAAUUGAUCUUUCUGUGUUCUCUCAUUAUUUCUCAACAACUUGAUAUCGCUUCACUGCGCUCACCCGUUAGAGCUUACUUGUCUUCGGAGUCUAGGUAUAUCUGUUACAUACGAUAGAUCAUGAAAUUUUGAGACUUCAAAGCUUCAGGCUUAGGCUUAAGGAGCAAGGCAGUCAGUUGUCUAUGUAACUGCUAGUUUCCUCGAGACGUCCAUCAUAAGCUUGAAGAAACGACCAAGAAUCUUUCUUUCAUUUUGCGUACCUUCGGAAAACUAGCUACGAGGCGUCCUGCACGUUGACAUGUAUUCAUAAGAAACCG